GAUCAAAAGACGUGAGGAAGUUUGAAAGAAAGAGAGAAUGAGCGAAGAUUAUCAAGGGAUGAUGACAACCCAAACGAAUGGACAUCAACAUCUUAUCUACCCUGGAUUAUACACUCAAAUCGCAGCACACCAAGGGGAACCGAAGGCUCGACGGCGGAGGAGGAAGACCAAGGGAGGAGAAAACAGCCGGUGUGGAGGGGCUAGAAAAAGGAAGCUUACACAGGAACAAGUUGAUCUUCUUGAACAGAACUUUGGGAAUGAACAUAAACUAGAGUCGGAAAGGAAAGACCGAAUCUCAUCGGAGCUGGGACUUGAUCCUCGCCAGGUUGCUGUUUGGUUCCAAAACCGAAAAGCUCGUUGGAAGAACAAGAAGAUGGAGGAAGAGUACAACAAGCUCAAAUCACUUCAUGAAACUGCUGUUCUCGACAAAUGCCGCCUUGAAUCCCAGGUUGUAAAGCUGAAGGAACAACUGAGCGAGGCGGAGAAGGAAAUCCGGAAGCUGGGGGAACGAAUAGAAGGGGUUUGGAGUAAUAAUAGUUCAAGCUCGUCCGUACUGUCAAUGGAAGCCAAUAUUGGUCCAUCUUUUCAAGGGGAAUUUGGGUACGAUGAUGUUUUCUACAUUGGGGAAGACAGUUAUAUUCUUGGCACGGAGUGGGUGAAUCUUUACGCGUAAUAAUAUUAGUGGCUACAGUAGAUAUGGAUAAUUAUGGGCACCCAAAUCACUUAAUGUAAUUAACUCUCAACAUGCCUUCUAAUGGAGAUGAUUUAGUGAAGUA